UAAAGCGCCCAUUUAAUGCGCAUCACUUCUGCUUCUGUUACUUUAAACACCCAGAUUGUAUACAAAAAAUACAACUAUACAAGCUGUUUGGGUAAAAUUUUUUAGAAUCUUAUUUUUUAAUCUGUUUGAGUGAAUCUGAGUAAAUUAUCUUCGCCUGGUAAUUUAUUUUUAUAAUCACAUCUAUGGCAAUGGCUAACUAUUCUGGCCCUCAAGUUCCUGAUACUGAGAUGAAAGGAACCCUUCAAAAGUGGGCCAAUUAUAUGAGAGGCUAUCAAAAAAGAUGGUUUGUGUUAUCGAAAGGUCUUCUGUCAUAUUACAGCUCUGAAGCAGAUGUAUCUCAAAAUUGCCGUGGAUCAAUCAAACUGGCCUCUGCGAUCAUUUACAAGCAAGAUAACAUUCGUUUUGUUGUUCAAAACGGUGAUCAAGUUUUCCAUCUAAAAGCUAAAAAUGAACAACAGAGACAAAAUUGGAUGACAGCUCUACAAUGCUCCAAAAUGUUAGCAAAUCGUUUACAAGAGUCAGAGGAUGAGUAUUAUCAAAAACACAUCAUCAAUUCUAAAAAGCAGGAUCGUUCUUUACAGUUUCUAGAGCCGUUAAAUGCCAAAUUAAAUGAUUUAACCAACUUUAAUGAACUCAUCGUGAAACAUGGAAGCGCCUUACAUAAAUCUUUCAUUGCUUUAGAAUCAAUUGAUAAUCCUGUCGAAGCCAUUAAAUUCUGUAAAAGUUACAAUGAAAAGGCAACAGUUUUCCGUGUCACAACCAUUCCAAUGUUGAAACAUUGUGAAGAAUUUGUAACGCUUGCCAGAAAUGUGGUCAAAAAAAUGGAAAAACUUUUAAACCAUGAAAGGGAAGCUAGAACAAGUUUGGAAGUUGUUUGUGCUCAACUGGCUAAACAGUAUUCUCAACUUGAAGAAAGGGUUAAAAGAGAGUACGCCAAUAAGAAUAACACUGGUGGUAAUACUUCGGACGAAGAUGAAUUUUUCGAAGAUGCUGUUACCGACUUUGAAGUUCCUGUGCCAGGUAAAGCUUUAAGAGCAAGUAGUCAGGAUUACACGGAAAAUAAUUGCGAAACGGUUUCCAAUUACCAAGAUGAUUCUUCUGGAGGAGAUGAUUUACCGAGUGAUGAAGAAACAGAAGACUCACCUACUUCAGCUGCGAUUGGAGUAAGAGUGAGAAAAAAUAAAUUAAAAAACUUGAAUUCAACCAAGGGAAUAGAAGAAGUCAACAUUGAUGUGUCAAUCAGUGAAGAGAAGGCUCCUGCAGACAGUGAUUCAACCCAAUCAACCAGUGUCCCAGGAACGCCUAGCGGGUCUGGGAAAAAUGAUUUUGAUUUUGACGUAGAAGAACUAAAGCCACCUCCAUUUGAUCCAAAACGUCGUACUAAGAUACCUGAAAGACCUAACCAAAGUCUCAAUUUGUGGUCUUUCAUGAAAAACUGUAUCGGAAAAGAACUGACAAAAAUUCCAAUGCCUGUUAAUUUCAAUGAACCUUUAUCAAUGUUACAAAGGCUAACUGAAGAUUUUGAAUAUGCCCAUCUACUUCACAAAGCAGCAACAAUUGAUGAUAGCUGUAAUCAAUUAGUGUACAUUGCAGCAUUUUGCGUGUCUAGCUAUGCGACUACAAGUGUCAGACUCAAUAAACCUUUUAAUCCAUUAUUAGGAGAGACAUAUGAAUGUGAUAGAACAUCUGAUUUAGGAUGGAAAAGUAUUGCUGAACAGGUAAGUCAUCAUCCACCAAUGUUAGCAUUACAUUGUGAAGGUAAAGGUUGGAAAUGUUGGAGUGAAUUUGGAUUGUCAAGCAAGUUUAGAGGAAAAUAUUUACAAGUUAAUCCAGUUGAUAUCAGCCAUCUAGAGUUUCCAGAUCAAGGUUACCAUUACACAUGGCACAAAGUAACCACAACGAUUCAUAAUAUAAUUGUUGGUAAACUUUGGGUCGAUAAUCAUGGUGAUAUGGUAAUUACAAAUCAUACAACUGGUGAUCGAUGCCUUCUUAAAUUCAUACCUUAUAGUUACUUUUCACGAGAUGUCCCAAGAAAGGUCACUGGUAGCAUUAUUGAUGCUAAAGGAGAACCUAGAUGGGUUAUUCAGGGUACUUGGGACAAUCGAAUUGAAGCAGCUAGAGUACACAAUAAACGAAGAUCCUCAAAGGGCAAGCCAAUAUGGGAAACAUCAUCGCCUAAGCUAGUUUGGCAAAGAAUAUAUCCUCCUCCUGAAUAUGAUAAAAUGUAUAACUUGACUGUAUUAGCUGUACAAUUAAAUGAACCCGAGGAUGGAGUUGCUCCAACAGAUAGUCGUUUAAGACCCGAUCAACGAUUAAUGGAAGACGGUAAAUGGGAUGAAGCAAAUCAAAUUAAAGGAUUUUUGGAAGAAAAACAAAGAAAAGUCCGAAGAAAAAGAGAAGAAGAAGCUGCUGCUAAUCCAGAUGCUGAUGUAACUUAUGCACCAACAUGGUUUAAACUUCAGAUUGAUCCCAUUACUAAUAAUCCUGUUCACGUUUAUGCCGGAGACUAUUGGCAAUGUAAACAAAAUCUGGACUGGACAAAGUGUCCAGAGAUAUUUAAUUUCGAUAGAGAGAGUGAUCUAAAGUCAAUACAAGGAACCGAUUGAGUUUUUGGAUAAUGAAGAAAAUACAAAACUUACAAACUUUACUCUGACUAUGUGCCUAUUGGAUGCUAUCAUCACAUCAGACUUGAAGGAUUUUAUUGUCAUUUGAUUGCGAACUUAUGGUAGCGACAAAAAAGAAGCUCAACUGUUUAGGUUAUCAAAUAAUCUGAGAUCUUCGUAGAGGCUUCCAUUACAUCCUGAAAUCAUAUAUAUUUGCAUACUUUGAUCAUUCUGAGAUGUCCUCCCUUGAUAUGAAAGAAUAUUGAAUCAAAUCUUGAAAUGAAUUGGAUAAAACUUUGAUUAUCCUUCAUUUCGACAUGAAAAGAAAAAUCAAGGUAAUCAGUAGUAACGUCUUCGUAUCUACGUUGUAUAUCUUAUUCAUGACAACCAAGCAGUAUUUCAACCUCGACUGAAGAUGUGAUUUGAAGCUCUUCUCUCCUUGAUCAACUCCGAUGCUCUCCAUUUCAAAAUCCCGUUUUAUAAAUUCUACCAUCUCAGUCACUCGAAAAAGCUAAAAUUAUGUAAAUAUUUUCGAUGCUUCAAGGAAUUAUUAUUAUUAUUACAGAUUUAUUAUUUAUAAUUAAUGGUUAGAUCAUCUAAAUUUAUUUGUCUGGGGAUCAAAGUCUGAUUUUUCUCAUCUUUUGUUAUAUAAAUAGCUGUGAUCCAUCAUCAAAAUUUGCAAGCCUUUUAAUUGUUUAUUUGGAGCUACAAAAUUAUUUUCCUUCUUUGUUUUGAUGUUAUUUUUCUUCUGCUGGUCUCCCCAUGAAAAAAUUGUGGUGUCUUCUGUUCAAUUUUAUCCGCCAAUUUUAACUAAUCAAGGAGCAGCAUUUUAAUGUCAUGACGCAGUUAAUAGUUGCUCAACCAACAAGGCAACAAGAAAAAUAACAAUUUUCAUGAAUCAAUCAAUUUGAAGCCAAUUAAAAAGCAAAGGAAAAGAAGUAUGAAUUUCUGGACUCACCAUGGAGAAACUUGAUCCAUUACAGAUGUUUGCAUGUUGGUCAUUAAAAUUAUGGAUAAUCUCUGUCUGAUCCUCAGAUAAACAAGCAAAAUCUUAACCAUUUUCUCGUCAAACAAUUGAAUCGUCAACUAUCAGCUUUAGCUUUCUUGAUUAUUCUUACUAUGUGCAAGCAAGCAUCUAGUCCACCCAAUUUGUUUUCACUUUUAAUCAAAUCUAAAUUUCAUCUGUAGCUGAUUAAUAUCCUGAUAACUUCCUCCAUAAAUGAUAUAAAACAAGUUCACUACCAGUUCAUUUUAGAAAAGGAAAACAAAGAGAACUGAAUACGAUUAUUACAAACAAA